AUGGAAAACAUAAAAAAACUUCUGUCGUGGGACACAGUGCUUUACGCUGACUGUGUUGAAUUUUGCCCUUUUGAACCUUACCUUUCUAUAGCCAUCUGUGGCACUUAUCAAUUGUGUGAAAGUGAAGCGUCGCGCGUUGGUCGCCUCAGUCUCCAUUCGAUCGACCCCGAUCAGAUCGAUUUAACUCCUAUUCAGAUAGUUGACAGUCCCGGUAUCCUCGAUGUAAAAUGGUGCCGACAAAAAUCAUACAAUCAAAUAUCCCUGGCUGUUGCCAAUUCAAUCGGUCAAAUCGUCGUUUACACGUUUGACCCCGACUCAGUUAUCCGGCAACAGCACGUGCAAAACAUAGGUGAUGUUGAUAGGGGCCGUUUAGCACUAUCGUGUGAUUGGUAUGGUGGCUGCAAGAUCGCCGUUAGCGACUCGAAAGGCGAAGUGUCGUGUUUAAAUAUCAACAAUCAAGGACCGGAACUAGUUGGCACAUGGAAGGCGCACGAUUAUGAAGCAUGGGUGGCCUCGUUCGAUCGUCACUCGGACCAGCUCAUUUAUUCUGGUGGAGACGAUAGUUGCUUCCGCUUGUGGGAUAUGCGUGAUACGACCAGCUCUGUUCUGACCAACAGGAAAGCUCAUCAGAUGGGAGUGACGAGCAUUGAAACAUCACCUGUCGACAGCAAUAUUCUCGCCACUGGAAGCUAUGACGAGAGACUUUUAAUGUGGGACAAGCGUCAUAUGAAAAAUUGGGUGAGCGAAACCAAUCUGGGCGGUGGUGUUUGGAAACUUAAGUGGGAACCGGUUAGUGCUCGUCACCUUUUGGCAGCCACCAUGCACAACGGCUUCCAUCUGGUUGAUUGCCUCGGUACAUCCGGGGAAACGAGUAGAGAACAGCUCUCGUUUGAACCCACGAUUGUUGGCUCAUACCAAGAGCAUUCGAGCCUGGCUUACGGCUGUGAUUGGGGCCGACAAUUGUCAUCUAGCGGUCGACGGACGAUUGCCUCGUGUUCCUUUUAUGAUCAUUCACUUCACGUGUGGUCUUGGUUACCCUAGGUGCAAUUGGAUGACCGGGACAUGGAAGACUGACGCCCGAUCUUUUACUUCAGCAACUUCACCUUUACUUUCUUAUUUUCUUAUGUCAUAUUUUGACCAAACGGUUCAAGGCAAAGGUACUGUCGAUCAGUUGUGUAUGUGAAACUUGAAUGGGAAAAAAUGAAAAGCAACUCUUCCACUU